UUCUGUUUGUUGCUACGUUAUCAGAAAGCAAAUUAAUUACUUGCUAUGAUUUCCUAUAUAAACACUUCAAACUUUUCAGAGAAGAGAUCAAAAAACAAUCUACAAAAAAGAAGAAUAGCAAAUAGAGAGAAAGCCACAUUGGAGGAAGAGGAAGAAAACUUCUUGAAGAUGCUUAAUUCAGGAGGCACUUCUUGUUUCCAAAAUGGGUCACAAGGGUUGCAGACCUAUGGAGAUGUCACCCAAGAUGUUCUUUCAUCGGCUCUUGAAGCAUGCUCGGUCUCCGAAGCACACUCAAGCAAUCUCCUCUACAAUCUCUCAUCUCUCAAAGCCAAAGUUCAUCAAGUGCAGUCAUUGAUCAGCAUCUUUAUCUUUCCUGAUCAAAGCCAACCAACAGUAUCAACAACCUUAACCAUGGCUACCGUUGCCACUUUAAUCCAAGAAAUUAUUGCCACCGCGUCAUCCAUUAUGUUCACCUGCCAACAGAUAGCUCUUGGUGCAACUCCGGCCACCAAUAACAACGAUGAAUCGCACCAUCAAAGCGUUAAUAAGCUUCCCAGUGGCAUAUUAUCUGAUCAACCAAGCUGCGAUGGAGACCACCAGGUUAUUAUACAGGAAGGAGAUGAAAGAGAGCAAGGCUUUUAUUCUGGUGAGACCACCCUUGAUUGGUUUGGUGAUAACUAUAAUACAUCAUGUAAUACGAAUGACGAUAAUAAUCAAAAUAUGGUUGUUAGCAGCAGUAAUGGAAUGGAAAGGAGCUUGGGAUUGCGUCAAAAGAGCAAAAUUGGUGAAGGGAUUUCGCCAAAGAAUUAUGACAUCAUCGAGUUGGACGCUGCAGAAUUGUUGGCCAAGUACACACAUUUUUGCAGAGUUUGUGGGAAAGGGUUCAAGCGCGAUGCAAAUUUGAGAAUGCACAUGAGGGCUCAUGGUGACGAGUACAAGUCUAAUGCUGCUUUGAUCAAUCCCAUGAAGAGCAAUAAAGUAGGUUUGAUGGAAAACAAUGGAGGCCCGAUGAAAUUGCCUAGAAAAUAUUCAUGUCCACAAGAAGGGUGCAGGUGGAAUCGAAAGCACGAGAAGUUUCAGCCACUGAAAUCCAUGGUUUGUGUGAAGAAUCACUACAAGAGGAGUCACUGCCCGAAGAUGUAUGUCUGCAAUCGCUGCAACCGGAAGCAGUUCUCGGUGGUAUCGGAUCUACGGACACAUGAGAAGCACUGUGGUGAUCAUGUCAAGUGGAAGUGCUCAUGUGGUACCACAUUUUCUAGGAAAGAUAAGCUUAUGGGUCAUGUUGCUUUGUUCUUGGGGCACACUCCAGCUAUGGAUUCUUCGAUGAUCGGAAAAGUUGAACAACGUGGAGAACAAAUGCAAUCAUGUAUGCAAUAGAUAAGUUCCAAGUCCUCAUGCGUGUGUCCCUAACAAAAACAUGUAUGCGAUAUGUAACGAUGGGUCAUCAACUGUUUCCUAUUGUAUUUAGUCAAUGUAACGUAUUAGCAAAUCUUAGUUUGAUUAGUUAGCUGGGUUGCUGGAAUGACUUCGUAAUUUUGAUCUUUGUCUAAGUUCAUAGGGCUAUAAGUAUCUUUUAGUCUCUAAACUCUUUUCCUUCAGUGACAUAUUAUGCUAUUUUAUAAAUGACAGCUUAUGUUGUAAAUCUUUGCACAGGACCUUUUGCUUUG